AUGGAGCCCUCGCUCUCGGCCGCUGGUGCCUCCGGCGACAGGAAGACGUCUCAGGAUUCCCGGCCGGUAAGUGGCAUCAGCAUCGGCUCCUCGACUAGCCGUACCGAUAGAAGAUCCCCCUCGGUAUCGAGCAUCAACCGGUCCAGCCACCGUCAGAGUUUCGCCGAGAACCUGCGCAAUAUCCCGCCCUCCCCGAGGCAGCGCCAGCACUCACUGACCCAAUCCGCCGUCCAAGACUUGCUCAACAACCCGCCGCCCGCGCACAGACACCUCAACCCCCAGUUUGCAAACCGAGAAUGGCAGGAUAUAACCGUGGGCGAGCUCGUCUCCCCCGGCGAUGUCAAGUGGAUGAGCAUGGAUAGCACUGUCGAGGAGGCGACAAUGUUGCUCAUCAAGGGGAGGCCCGAUGUUGUCUUCAUUCGAGAAAAUACUGCCUCGAAUAUCGCCCUCUCCACCUUUGACUUCAAGGACUUGACUGCCUACCUUCUCGUCGUCAUCGGCCUGGCUAGGCCCGAAGAGGAUCAGGCCGAGGCUUUCAACACUGUUGCUACUAAGUCUCGCAACGGGGAACCCAUUACGCUGCGGGAGAUCCAAGGCCUUCGGCAGAAAGAGGGUUUGGUCACACUGCCCGGGACGAGCCCGCUUUCCCAAGUUGUCGAAACGCUUGGGAGCGGGGUCCAUCGAUUCCUGGUUACGGAUCAGGAAGGGGACGCUGUGGGCAUCAUGAGCCAGCUGCGCAUGGUUGAAUUCUUCUGGAACGAGGGAGUCAACUUCCUCUCGAUAGACCAGCUAUAUCCAUCUAUUCUGAGAGACCUCGGUAUCGGCACCAAGGAUACCAUCUCGGUCAACUCCGACGCUCCCCUUUCCGAAGCUCUCGUCCUGAUGCACAACGAAGGCUUGACGAGCGUAGCUGUGGUCGACAACGGGCACAACGUUGUGGGAAACAUAUCGACCCGGGACGUCCGCCACUUGACGACUGCGUCCAACGCACCGCUCCUCAGUGGCUCCUGCAUGCACUUCAUCUCUUUUAUCCUGACGGAGCGCGGCGUCGAGAACGGCAGGGAUACCUUCCCCGUAUUCUACGUGAGCCCGUACUCGACACUCGCCCACACGGUGGCUAAGCUUGUUGCCACGGGAUCCCACCGCAUGUGGAUGGUUGAAUCGGCGUCACCUUCGCCCAGUGGCCCCGCUACACCGCUGGCCGGUCCGGGAAGCUUCGUCGGUGGCCCUCCACCCCCGAAUGGCGCCCCGCCCUCGCCCCAGACAGCGCCGGCCGUGCCCGCGUCGGCCAUGAUGGGCGCGCGCAUGUCCGGCAGGCUGACGGGCGUCAUCUCCCUCACGGACAUACUGAAUCUCUUUGCUAGAGCUACGGGGCUGAGGCCCAUGGAGCCUUCUUCGCAGCGCGAGAGAAGGCGGAAGAGUUCGACUAGCUCCAUGAGAGCCAGCAUCGACUCCUUUCGGGGGAGCAACAUGGAGCUCAGGAGGUGA